UAUGAUGGUAAUGAAUACACUAAAAUCAGUAUAUAAAAUGUAAUAUAAAGUCAAUAAGUUAAUGAAAGUUAAUGCUGAAUUUCGUUGCCUAACGAAUAUCUUAUAUUCUUACAUUUCUUUUGUGAUCAGUGUAAAUAAGAUGCAGCUGUCUUGCAUUUCUUUGGUAUUUGUGUGUGUAAGAUGUAACUAAAUUAUGUAAUAAGUAAAAGUUAAUGUGACUGCAGUGAUGAAUAUUGUUGCCCAUGAAGUCAUAAUUAGUCCUUAAAGCUGUUGCUAACUAUAUUACCAGACCUUUUAUAUAUCUUUUUGUACGUAAGUGAGAUCGAGAGCUUUGAAUCCGUCCUCAUAGUUUCAUCUGAUAUCAGUAAAACAAGAGAGAAACAGUUGUUAGGGAAACCUAUUCAUGGAUUAACACCUUUGAAAAAAUAGUAUAAUAGAGUUUAAAACAUUUGUGAGCUGUACUGAUUUCCUCAUAAAAGAUCUUAUUCCAUUUAAGACCCUUUUCUAGGUGUGAUUUGAUGCCACGGACUCCCUUAUUUAUGCUCUUACAACUCAUACUUAAAGCAAAAGUCAGAGAAAAGCUCCGAUAUCUGCCUUCAAAUGUAAUUUAACAGAGCGACGUGCCAGAUCUUCAUCAGGCUCUGUCAACAUUAAGUUGACUUUCAUUUUGUUCAUUUGUUUUUUGGCUCAGCAUCUGUCAAAGAUUUCUGGGUUUUUUCCACAAAGCAUCCUAACAUGUGUUGUCUCUUAGGUAAAGAAACAAUGGAGCUGAAACCUUUAUUGAAGAAGCUGCUCUCGGUGCUCCGAGCCAUCUUCACCUUCCUCUUCGCUCUGGUGGUGCUGGGUGUCAUGGUGUGGGCCUACGUUGCCGGCUUCCAGCUGGUGUCGUCCGCAUACGGGAUCAUCUCCUUCGGCUUCUACGGACUCCUCCUCUCGCUCCACUUGUUGGUCCAGAGUCUCUUCGCCUUCAUUGAGCACCGGCGGAUGAAAGCCCGCACUGACCCCUGCACCUUCACCAAGACGAUCAGUAUGACCAUAUCAGCCUACCAGGAGGACCCCGUCUAUCUCAGGGAAUGCCUCGACUCCGUCAAGGCCCUCCAGUAUCCCCCGCUGCUGCGCAUCAUCAUGGUGGUGGACGGGAACACGGAGGAAGACCGCUACAUGAUGGACAUGUUCAGAGAGGUGUUUGCGGAUCAGAAUCCGGGCUGUUACGUGUGGGAGAACAACUACCACUCAUGGGAACCCCCCCAGGUCCAGCAGGGCGCAGCAGAGGAGGGUUCUGAUGUAAUAGUAGAGGACCUACAGCGACGAGAAGUAGAGGAGCUGAUCCAGAACAAUAGGUGUGUGUGCAUCAUGCAGAAGUGGGGCGGCAAACGGGAAGUGAUGUACACUGCAUUUAAAGCACUCGGGUCGUCCGUCGACUAUAUACAGGUGUGCGACUCGGACACUAAGCUGGACCCUUUAGCCACACUGGAGCUGUGCAAGGUGUUGGAGAGUAACCCCAAGUAUGGCGCCGUGGGAGGAGAUGUGAUGAUCCUCAACCUCAAAGACUCUUACAUCAGCUUCAUGAGCAGCCUCAGGUACUGGAUGGCUUUCAACAUCGAAAGGGCCUGCCAGUCCUUCUUCAACUGUGUGUCCUGCAUAAGUGGCCCUCUGGGUCUAUACAGGAACGACAUCCUUCAGCAGUUUCUGGAGUCUUGGUACAAUCAGAAGUUUUUGGGAACUCACUGCACAUUUGGCGACGAUAGGCAUCUCACCAACCGUAUGCUGAGCAUGGGCUACGCCACAAAGUACACAGCUCGCUCCAGAUGCUACACGGAAACGCCCGCUCAGUUCCUUCGCUGGCUCAACCAGCAGACGCGCUGGACCAAGUCCUACUUCCGCGAGUGGCUCUACAACGCAAUGUGGUGGCACAAACACCACCUGUGGAUGACCUACGAGUCCAUCGUCUCCGGCAUCUUCCCUUUCUUUGUCACCGCCACCAUCAUCCAGCUCUUCUGGACGGGCACGCUGUGGGACAUCCUCUGGGUCCUUUGCUGUAUCCAGAUCAUCGGGCUGUUCAAAUCGUUGUACGCCUGCAUCCUGCGGAGAAACAUAGUGAUGGUGUUCAUGUCGCUCUACUCGGUUCUGUACAUGACCAGCUUGCUGCCUGCCAAGUACUUUGCGAUCCUCACAAUGACCAAAAGCAGCUGGGGAACGUCGGGCCGGCGUAAGAUUGUAGGAAACUACAUCCCCCUCCUUCCCUUGUCGGUGUGGGCGGCCCUUUUAUUAGGUGGGCUCGCUUACACUAGCUACAGGGAGAGUCAACCGGACUGGUCGACUGAUGAGAAGAAGCUGGAGACUCAGUUUCUUAUCUUUGGGAGCGCUGCCUACGUGGCCUACUGGCUGUUUAUGCUUCUCCUCUACUGGAUUUGGUUCCGCAGAUUGUGCAGGAAACGCUCCCAAAGCUAUUCAUUGAAUGUGUAGGUCUGAAGAGGGAUGAUAAUUUAUUUGGACUCAACUGUUUAUUUCAUUCAGUUGAUUAUUUUUAUUUAUUUCUUUUUCACAUUACUG